GAACGCCGAGGACGCGUCGGCAGCAUGUUCCGGCUGCUGCGCUGGCGUCUGGGCCGAACCCUGCUGCGGGCCGCGGGCCGCCGGUGCGGAGGCUGCGCGGCCCGCCUGCUGCCCGAGCGGGCGGGCGACACGGGGCCGGGCGCCGGCGGGCUGCGGGGCCGAGGCGCGCCGGCGCGGGGCCAGGGACUGCUGCCGCUGUUAGCAGCGUUCGCCUGGUUCGCGCGGCCCACGGUGGCGCGGGAGCCGCCGGAAGAGGAGGACGCGGCAGACGAGGCGGAGGCCGAGAUCAUCCGGCUCCUGAAGCGAGCCAAGUUGAGCAUCAUGAAAGAUGAGCCAGAAGCAGCGGAGCUAAUUUUGCAUGAUGCUCUUCGCCUUGCGUAUCAGAGUGACAACAAGAAAGCCAUCUCUUACACUUACGACUUGAUGGCCAACUUAGCAUUUAUCCGAGGGCAACUUGAAAAUGCAGAACAACUUUUUAAGGCAACCAUGAGCUACCUGCUUGGAGGAGGUAUGAAACAGGAAGACAAUGCAAUUAUUGAAAUCUCUCUGAAGCUGGCCAGUAUCUAUGCUGCUCAGAAUAAACAGGAAUUCGCCCUUGCUGGCUAUGAAUUCUGCAUUGCAACUCUAGAGGAAAAAAUUGAAAGAGAGAAGGAAUUAGCAGAAGAUGUUAUGUCAGUGGAAGAGAAAGCCAAUACCUACCUCCUCCUUGGCAUGAGCUUAGACUCUUGUGCACGCUACCUGCUGUUCUCUGGGCAUCUAUCACAGGCACAGAGGAUGUAUGAAAAAGCCCUGCAGAUUUGUCAAGGAAUACAAGGAGAAAGACACCCACAGACCAUUGUGCUGAUGAGUGACUUGGCUACUACUCUGGAUGCACAAGGACGCUUUGAUGAUGCCUACAUUUAUAUGCAGAGGGCGUCAGAUCUGGCAAGAGAGAUAAAUCAUCCUGAGCUGCACAUGGUGCUCAGCAAUCUGGCUGCCAUCUUGACACACAGAGAGCGAUACACACAAGCAAAAGAGAUCUACCAGGAAGCACUGCAGCAGGCAGAGCUGAAGAGAGAUGAGGUUUCUGUGCAGCACAUCAGGGAAGAACUGGCUGAGCUGUCGAGAAAAAGUAGACUUCUGACUUAAUUGUUAAGAUGUUAAGUUCAUUUUGUUGCAGAGGGUAAUUUCUGGUAGCCCAAAGGAGUGACUGUUCUUCAGUGUCGGGACCCUAAGCAGAGAUGUGAAUCAUUGUUGAAAUUCAGCUUUCUUCAACUCAGCCUCGGUGAAGGACAAGUUGUAUACACUGCCACGUUUGUUUUUAAAUUUAGUUUACUUUGAGAUGAGGUGUUGGCCUCCAACUUGGAGUCCUCCUGCCUCAGUCCCCCAAGUGCUGGGACUGUUGAUAGGCAGGUACACUGUGCCUGGCCCUCCGUUUGUUUGUAAAGGUGCAGCAGCCUUCACCCUGUACUGACUGACUUCUGAGGGCUUGAUGUGAAGUAAGUGGUGUUUUCCAGUGCAGCACGUAAGGGCCGUCCAGCCUGGUCUGAGAAAACUAGAUUAAGUGGCCAAGUUCUCCACGUGUGGUCAUUACACCUUCCGUAAGAUUUUGGUUCAUACUUUCUCUUCUCUAUCCAUUUCUGGCAAACAAGUUACUUGUCUGAAGGCACAGGAGGAUUUUGGUAAGUUCUCUUACAGUCUUUUAUUGAAGCAUUGUGAGAUUUAAUGAAUAUGGGGGAAAUGAGAAUUCUAGUUGGCCGCAGUACGGAGCAUUAGCUUCUGAAGUGGAAGUUAGGCCCUUAGUCUCCUGGUUACAUGUAACAACUAAAAAUGGUGGUGGCAGAAAGAAGGAAGCCUCUCAUCAGUGCUGUCUUAGCCCUGGGCUUCCUUUACAGUCACAGUCACCUAGUAGAGUUGAGCUGAACCCAAUACUAAUACUGACAGCACUGAUGUGUACCAUUGGCAGUAUGGAACCGCUGACCUGGAUCCUACUUAGCUCUGGCUUUUUACUUUGCAAUCUCUGUAUUUACGCUGUGAAGUGGGAAACCAAUUAGAUUCUUUUUCUGAUGACUUAAAAUGAAUCGACUGUUAUGUUAAAAAAAACAUUAUCACUGCUUCAGAGUACAUACAUACAAGUUAACAUGGAUGGAUGCUUUUACCUGAGAGAGAAGACAAUUUUUCUGGGUGCCAUGAAGGAACACUGGUGGUGUUGGCAUUUCAUGGAGGUGGGCGACGUGAGUAGGACUGGCCAAUGGACUUUUGGUUCAUAUGUUUGUACUGGGAGAACCUUCAUAAUAAACUAGAGACUAUGUAAUAUUGUAUGUAUUCUAAUAAUCUUUGAAUCAUAGAAAAGUAAUCGACUGAGUUACUAAAAGGGAAAAACCCUAAGGUCCAAAUCCUCGGACUUAGACCAGAGUUGUGUGUUGUGCAUUUACCACUCCCUAGUUCACCACGUAUUGACCCAUUAACCAAGAAUAACAAGAGAUAAGAUUUCAAUCACUUCUUGCUUUGAGAAUGUUUUACUGUUUCAUAAUUCCAGAGUUAGGAAAAGUAAAGUCUUAGGAUUUUGAAUCCUCCAUAGUGAUUCACCUCAUGGUCCUGAGGCUGGGGAGGCUGCAAUUUGCAGAUAGAUGUCUGAUAUGCAUGUUCCCAGGAGCGUUCUUUUGCACUGUUAUAAAAAAGGCAGUGAGACAGAGGGACUGAUCGCCUUUUACUGAUUACAACUUUAAACAAUUUACAUUUAAUUUCAUAUUAAAGUUUUGAACUACACCAUGUUACUGGAGUUUUCAGGGAAUAAGUGUAUGUAAGACAAAAAUCACAGCAUAUGAAAAUUUAAAGUGUAGUAUAAAAUUUCUCACUAAAUAGACUGGAAAGUUGUCAGAAUAUUACCUCUACUGGAAGACCUUGAUUUAGUUGUAUGUGCAUGUGUUACAGAUAUAGUGUUGGCCCACAAAAUGCUACACCUUGAUUUGUAGCUGACUUCAUAAUCUCAGUGCUUGCUUGCUCCCUCCUUAGUAGUAUCACGGUAAGGCGUACCUCCACCUCUCUAGGUAAACUUUGUGAGGAUCUUGUUCUAGUUGUUUUGAACUAAGAAUUGAUGCUGGAUUUCGUGUUGUGGUGAGCAUGGAGCAAGCUAGGCUCAUCUGUCCUAAAGUGAACCCAACCCGGAACGGCAAAAGACCCUUAGGGUCAGUCAUCAUCAUCAUCUUUCGGGCCAGUUGGCCAGAUGAUUUACUAAGUUCUAGGCUAUUACUGGAACUUGGCAGGGGGUGGAGGGGGUGGGCUUUCAGCAGUAAACUUAAUCAAACACUUAGUCUUAGUCUUCAUUAUGUUUAUGAUUAUUGUAAAGGUACACUUUGGACACUUGUAAACUUUACAAGUGAUAAGAAUCCUAUCUCACUGUGUAGCCUUGGCUGGCCCAGAACUCAUCUUGUAAUCCAGGCUACCCUUGUACGUUUAGUGGUGUGCCUGCCUCUGCCUUCCAAUUGCUGAGAUUAAAGGUGUGUGCUACCAUGCAUGGCUAAAGUUUA